ACGACGAUGCGUCAAAUGAAUAAAUUUAAAGCCGGAAUGCCAGUGGGUCUCAACCGUUAUGCAUUCAGUUUUCGCUCGACGUUACGCUGUUCUUACUCGACAGUUCUCUUCUGCCACUUGCAGAUGGAGUAAUUUGAUUGAAUUCAAGCAGGCCAACAUUCAUCGAUUUGGUGUCAAGGAACCGGCAUUCAGGAAUUUGUCCUUGACCAUUGCUGAUCAUGAGCGACUGGUUAUUGUUGGUCCUGUGAGUGCAGGCAAAUCCACUCUGGCCGAGGCAUUAGCUGGAAAACAUCUUGCACAACCUUUAGCUUCGGCCAAGUGGCCCAUGAUCGACGUGUCAAAGUCACCUUAUCCUUCAGAUCAUGUGCACCUUGUUUCUUUCAAGGAAGACUCCAAUGCAUUUUCCUACAGCAAUCAUUACUAUCAAGAACGGUUCAAUUUCAGUGAUCCGGAUAACGAUGUAACACUGCAAGACUAUUUGCAGAGUCAGUCGCGUGACCAACAAAAGAUUCAACAAGUGGCUGAAUUAUUGGAUAUUGCGCCUUUACUCAAGUUGUCCUUUGUCAAAUUAUCCAACGGCCAAACCCGUCGUGCGCGCAUUGCACGUGCUUUACUUCGAGAUCCAUCCAUGCUUAUUCUCGACGAACCAUUGAUGGGCUUGGAUGUUGACCAUCGUAAGCGUUUGUUGAGUAUUCUCGGGGAAUUGACGACCAAAUCGGGUGUGCCUGUCGUACUUGUGUUGCGUCCUCAGGAUGAAUUUCCUUCGUGGGCUACAGAUGUGCUGGAACUCGAUAACAUGGCGAUCGCAUGGCAAGGCAAAGUCGACGAGUAUUUGGCACGGCGGCAAACGAUCAUGGAAAAGGAACUAGCAGAAAGAAAAGCCUAUCUGGCCCAAGCACGAGAACAAGAUACCUCCCAUCGCGAUCCCGUGGUCCAACUAAAGAACGUGAACGUCAUCUACAGCGGCAAUAAGAUCCUCGAUAAUAUUUCUUGGGAUGUCCGACAAGGCGAGAAAUGGGCUCUUCUCGGGCCGAACGGUUCCGGCAAGACUACCUUGCUAUCAUUUCUGACGGGCGAUCAUCCGCAAGCGUAUGCGAAUGAAUUGUAUCUGUUUGGACGUCGUCGUGGUACGGGCGAAUCGAUCUGGGAAAUCAAGGAGCGGGUGGGUCUCGUUAGUCCCGAGAUUCAUCUGUACUUUAACCAGUCCAUGACUGCUCUGGAAGCAGCAGGAACUGGAUUCUACGACGUGGUCGUACCACGAACAUUAACCUCGGAACAGACGGGGGUCGUGCAAAAGUUAUUCAAUGAAUUUGGCAUCAAUGGUUUACUAUCACGGAAACUCAAUACCAUGUCAACCGGAGAACAACGCAUGGUGUUGUUGGUGCGAUCUCUGGUAUGUUGGCGUCGCUGUUGACUGGUUGCAUUGACUGAAAUUGGAUUUGUUCAUUAGGUGAAAACACCCGACCUGAUCA